AGUAAUAAUGGUAGUAUUUUAUUUACAGUGAGUAUGGCAAACGAGAAGGAAGCGAGAGGAGAGGAGAGAGGGAGAAGGAAAGAGAGAGGAAGUGAGAGGAGAAGGAAGGAUGAGAGAGGAGACAAGCAGAGGAGACAGGAAGUGAGAGAACAGGUGAGGAGAAAGGAAUGCAGAGGAAAUGAGAGGAGACAGAACGAGAGAAAAGAGAGGAGGAGCAAGGACCAGAGAGGAAAGGAUACAAAGAUAAAACAGGGAGGGAAAGGAAGGCCAAACAACUACAAUCUGUGGAAAGAGGAGAGGAUGAAGGGUGCCUUAGAUGAAUACAGGGAGGGAGUGAAGAAAGGAAUUACAGUGAGUGUGCACUUCUUAUCACGAGCAUGGGGUGUGCCGCGAUCCACACUGCAAAGACGCAUCAGCGGAAAGGUGACUGGCAGUGAACAUGUGUCAGGGCGGAAGCCCUACCUUCCAGAGGAGGCGGAAAGGGAGCUUGCUGCCACCCUCAAGACAUUGGCGCAGAGGGGGUUUCCCUUCACAAAGCGUGAUGUCCAGCAAGUGGCCUUUGAUUUUGCAGCCAACAACGACAUAUCUGGUUUCUCCCUGACAGCAGGAAGGGCCGGAUAUUACUGGUUUCAGAACUUUCUAAAGCGAAACCCAGAGCUUGGGAUGCGCAAGCCAGAGGUCCUGUCUGCAGCACGGGCUGCUGGACUUAACAAAGAGGUGGUUAGCCAGUGGUUUAACCAGUAUGAGAACCUUUUGGUCGAGCUGGGUAUUGAGGGCACACCGUCACAUAUAUGGAACUGUGACGAGUCUGGGCUUCAGGACCAGUUCAGUUCGACAAAGGUUGUUGGACAGGUUGGCCAGCCAUGUGUGGAGGUGUGUGCCGGAGAGAAGGGGGAGACAACAACUUGUCUGGCAGCGUUCAAUGCAGAAGGUACAUACAGUCGAACAAUAAUUAUUUUUAAGGGGAAGCGUGUUCGUUCUGAGUGGCUACAGGGAUGCCCGGAGAACACCAGCGUAAGGUGUUCAGACAAUGGCUGGAUUACCUCUGACCUCUUUCUGGAAUGGGGUCAAAUGUUCAUUCAGUCCCUCCCCAGGGAUGACCCCAGGCCCCAUCUUCUCCUCCUUGACGGCCACAGUAGCCACGUCUAUAAUCUGGAAUUUAUUAAGCUACUGAAAAGCAAGAAUGUGCACAUCAUGUGCUACCCUCCCCACACAACCCAUGCGCUGCAACCGGCGGACAAGGCCCUCUUCAAGAGUCUAAAGCACCACUGGGACCAGGAAGGGAGGAAGUGGACAAGGAUGAUGGCUGGGCAGAAGCUGUCAAGGAUGGAGUUCUUUGCGGUGUUCAGCAGGGCUUGGGCAAAGGCUGCCACUAUUGAAAAUGCCCAGGCAGGGUUCCGGGGGACAGGGAUGUUCCCUCUCAAUAAAGAUAUUCUCCCUGAGACUACUUUUGCCCCCAGCAAGACCACCGAAAGAAUGCUACCAUCCACUCUACCAUCCCCGCCCACAAGGCUGCAGUCUCUCCCACCCCCGCCCACUAGACCAUGGUCGCCCCUGCUGACCUUGACCCACUCUGCCCGCCAGCCAUCAGCCCUGCUCUCUGGACCUCAGCCCUCCCACCCGCCAGCCAGACGUCAGUCGCCUGCCGAUCCGCCAGCCAGACCUCAGUCCUCUGCUUCCCUGACACCCCUGCUACCUCGGGAACCACUGCACUUUUUCCCAGAAGAUGAGGUGGUGCUUGAAGAGGUUGUGUUGGAGGAUGUACCGGAAGAAGAUAAUGACCUCUUCAAUCAGUUCACACCACAGGAAGAAACCCACUCCCAGGAUGAGGGACCUUCAACCUCCACAUCUGUGAGAUCGGUCACAUUCAAUGACUUGAUCUCAAUGCCGCAAAGGGAGAGGGCCAUCAGAAAGAGAGUGAAGCCACCAUCGUAUAACCUAACAAGUGAGCAACACAUUGAAUAUAUUCAAACAAAAAAAUCAUCCAGCAAGCAUCCAGCCAAGCAAGCCAGCUGGUACCCGGGCAGCAAGCAACCGAAAGGGAAAAAAAAGCAGGGCAAGAGAAGCAAAUCACCUUGCAAAGUCUGCAACACCCACUAUGGUGACCCAAAUGACCCUAAGGCUACUGAGGAAUGGUUAAAAUGUGUUCCAUGUUCUGCCUGGUUUCAUGAGAGCUGUGGUGAAGACAAUGGUAUCUGUGCUGACGAUGGUUUCAUUUGCAAAGACUGUGUUUGAAAAGUUUUCACACAAACAUAUCAGUUAAUAAUUUGGAAUGUGAAUUUUUGUAUUUUUGUGAAUGCACAUUUUGUUCUAAAUGUGUUGUUCACACACACACACACACACACACACACACACACACACACACACACACACACACACACACACACACACACACACACACACACACACACACACACACACACACACACACACACCACUGACAGUUCACUGAUCUAUGCUGUUCCAAAAUGGAUUUUUUUAAUUGCACAUUUGAAUAUGUGGGUUUGCACCCAAAAUGUUUUUUGAAUGGCACAUAUGAAUUUUUGUUUAAUGCAGUUUAAAUGUUAUGUGGCUGUAUAAGCAACUGUGUUUUAAAAUUAAAAUUGAUGAUAAAUGACUAUUUCCCUUUGGAGUUUGACUGGCCCAUUUUACCUGAAGCUGUGGCCCAUUUUACCUGAAACUGCUCAUGCAACAAAUGUUGGCAGAGCUGAUGUUUCAAGAAC